UAUAGCUAGCUAGAGAGAGAGAGAGAGAGAGAGAGAGAGAGAGAAUGGGGAGGAAGCCAUGCUGUAUAAAGGAGGGGCUUAACAAAGGGGCAUGGACUGCUUCUGAAGACCAGAUCCUUGUGUCGUACAUCAAGGCUCAUGGAGAAGGCAAUUGGAGGAACCUCCCCAUAAGAGCUGGUUUGAAGAGAUGCGGGAAGAGUUGCCGCCUCCGAUGGCUCAACUAUUUGAGGCCUAACAUUAAGCGGGGGAACAUAACCGAGGAGGAGGAAAAGCUGAUCAUCAUACUCCAUAAGCUCCUCGGAAACAGAUGGUCUCUAAUUGCAGGAAGAUUGCCAGGGCGAACAGAUAAUGAAAUCAAGAACUACUGGAACACAACAUUACACAAGAAGGUGCUCGGCCAGCCAACCGAUCAAAAAUCCAAAUCGAAGCACAAGCAAACCAAGUCCAUGCCUGAGCCACCAUUAACGGACCCAAACGCCACAACCAGUGUAACUGUGGUGCGAACCAAGGCCAGGAGGUGCACCAAGGCCUUCUUUCUUCAUGACCAAUGCUUGCCAUCCCCUCCCAACAACCAACCACAUCUUGAAUUGGCAACCAAGGAGUCUCAAAGUUUCCUUGAUACUCCUCAGAGCUAUCACUCUCUCAACGGUCCUUUGAGUGAUGGUUUCUUCCAUGCUAUGGCCGAUGGAAAUCAAAGUGGUAACAGUACAAUGCAAGAAGGAGAUAGCAUUAGCUGGACCAUGUCUUUUGAUGAUGCACUAAUGGAUUGGACAGGGCUGGAUUGCUUUGAGCCCAACUUUACAAGUCAUCUCAUGUCUUCAGAUCCUUUUCUUGAUUCAGAAGAAUGGUUUCCAUGGACCUAGAGAGAGAGAGAGAGAGAGAGAG